UAUGGUCAUGAAUAAUGCAAUUGAUCUGAAACAGGAAAAGUCAAUGAUUCGUGUCUGCCCUAGACCAAAAAUGGCUAUCUUCAUUUUUCAAUUUUCUAAUUCUACUUAUUAAAUUGAAAUACUAAAUAGUAAAUACUAAUCACAUAAAUUAAUCAUGUGUUCCAUGAUCUUUAAUUCAAGAAAGUUUCAAACUUCAGAACAUUGUUCAACCAAGAUUACUAAUAUCACCGCAAGGCUUUUAAAAUUCUUAUGCUAAACUGGCUUGGUUGACCUCUAUAUAUGCUAACCCCAAGGACCUAAACUCUGCUUUAAUUUUAAUUGGUUUGUUAUAUAUAUGAUUUUAUUUUUGGUUGUUUACUUUUAGCCCGAUGAACCAAAUGUCACAUAAAAGUCCCAACUACAAGAUGAAGAUUAAGAGUUCUAAAUAUUAAGAGUUCCAUAAAGAAAGCUAAAGGUAUGAAAGGAUGCAUAAUAUUCUAAAUAUAGUACAUAAGUACUGUUUAAAUGAUUUUUCUUUUGUUUAAUUUUGGAAAAUUUUCUAACUAUCGUGAAGUUGAUGCUUUAAGUGCAAAAUAUAUCAAAAAUGAUUCCAUGAAGCUGGUGCUAAUAGUUAUUUACCAAUAUGCUAAUUUCUUAUUGUUGCUAAACAUUCACCAAGAUGCUACUGUUUUUUUUUUGGUAUGGCAUGGUCUUUUUUAUAUAAUUUUCAACCUUUUAAUGUGUCUUCUAAAGUUUUUUUCAUUUUUUCUCUUUCUUCCACACAGUCAGAACUUUAUUUAAAAGAUAUUACUCAUUAGAAUCUGCACUACCCGUUCUCAUAUCUCUUUUCAAGAAACACUCUCCCUCACAGCGAAACCUCUCCUCUUCUUAACUCACAUUUUGAAUUCAACCUUCUCAAAGUAUCUCCAACAAAACUAAAUCCUAGUUAUUAAAAAGGAGAAUUAAAAAUGGCUAGGAUAGGAGGUAUUCUUGUUUGUUUAGUCAUCGCAGGCUUAGAUGUAGGUGCUGCAGUACUCGGAAUCCAAGGAGAAGCCUCUCAAAAUCAGGUGAAGCACAUGAAGCUGUGGCUAUUUGAGUGUAGAGAGCCGAGCCAGGACGCGUUCAGGCUAGGUCUAGGUGCAGCAGCGAUAUUGGUAAUGGCCCAUGUCCUCAUCAAUUUGGUCGGAGGCUGUCUAUGUAUUUGCUCUCAGGACGAGUUUCAAAGAUCUUCUUCCACUAAGCAAAUCUCCAUGGUUUGUCUCGUCCUCACUUGGAUCGUAUUCGCCGUUGGAUUUGGAGCUUUGGUGAUUGGAGCGAUGUCGAACAGCAAGUCAAGAUCCUCUUGUGGGUUCACACAUCACCAUUAUCUAUCCAUUGGAGGUCUCUUGUGUUUUCUUCAUGCCCUCUUUUGUGUCGCGUAUUACGUUUCUGCCACGGCGGCUAAAGAUGAAGCUGCUAAGUGACAAAGACAGUCACGGUCAGUGAUGGAAAUGGUGGGUCCUUGUCCUUGACUAUGAUGAUAGUUGUGUAACAAUUUAUGUAAAAUUAUUUAACAUAAUGCAUUUUUUUUCUUAAAUUGUUUCACUCAUUUCAAAGUCUUUUGUAAUUGGGACAUUUUGAGAAAAUCGAAAGCUUUCUCUGUCUUUUA